GGCCGCUGAGCGGGAACACCAAGUUGUCAGUGUGCUGAGGAGACCGCGGCGCCAUGAAGCUGCAGUGUGAGGUGGAGGUGAUUAACCGGAUGCUCCCCACAUUCGGCAUGAGGAACAGGGGGCGAGGGACCCGGGCCGUGCUGUCUGUGGGGCGGCAGGAGGAGAAGGGCUCCGGCCAGCGGGGACCGAUCUACCUCAUGAUCUGCACCAUCAAAGACAAGGCGGGCUCCAGAUACAAGCUGCAAGAGAACAUUGAGAAUUUGUUUUCCAAGUUUGUAAAUGAAGGGAAAGCCACAAUACGACUCAGAGAGCCGGCGCUGGAUGUCUGUCUCAGCAAGGCUGAUGUCUGCAACUUGAAGAACUUCAUUUCGGCAGUGAGUUUAGCUCACAAGGGCACAGAUGCCAGCCCCGUCCCGCUGUCACGUCUGACUCCCGCCAAGACCUCUGAAAUAGAAAAACCCAGAGCCAAAAUGAUUAUUACUUCCAAGAAGGACUAUCCCCUGACGAAGAGCUUCCCCUACUCGCUGGAGCACCUUCAGGUCUCCUACUGCAAGCUGGCCCGGGUGGACAUGCGGAUGCUGUGCUUAAAGAGACUUCAGAAACUUGAUCUCAGCAACAACCACAUCAAGAAGCUGCCAAAGACCAUCGGGGACCUGGCCUGCCUCCAGGAGCUGACCCUGCACAAUAACUUUCUGGAGACGUUUGAGGUAGAGCUGUGUAACUCCACCUUGAGGAGCUCUCUGAAGGCGUUGGACUUGAGUGAGAACAGACUAAAGGCUCUUCCUUUCCAGUUCUGCAACCUCCAGGAACUCGUCAGCCUGAAGCUGGAUGGCAAUGAGCUCGUCCAGUUGCCGUUUGCCAUUGGCAAGCUGAGUAAACUGCGCUUCCUUUCCGCCACCAAGAACAAACUUCCGUAUCUGCCCAACAGCUUCAGGACGUUGGUGCUGGAGAACCUGGAUCUGUUUGGUAAUCCCUUUGCAAAAGCAAAUCCAAUGGCUCCCGACAUCCGGCUGAAGGUCCCGCUUACGUUACUGGAAACCGCUUCUAGGGCCACUCUCGGCUACAGGUAGAGUAUCGCUUGGGCCACUUGUUAACGCCUUCCUGACUAGCCUAUAGAUGUGACCUU